AAUGAGGAACCUCUAUUAGCUCUCAAUCCUGACCAUUUGAAUCAAUACGCAAACACUUGUUCCCCAACAUUACUCGUUUCAUCUGCAGCACUGACCUACGGAUCUAUUCAUGCAUCAGAAAAUUUGGUACCAGGCAAAUCUAGUGCAGUCUCCGUAUUUGCGACUUCAGCAGAAGAGCCUUCGACAACUGUAUCUUCCAAGAUUCGGCAACCUGUUUUCCGACUUCCAUGGCUUGGCAGAAGCAGAAGGGCCAGUAUAGGUGAGGAUCAGAUCAGACAUACUUCGAAAGAAUGCAAAUGCUUAUCUGAUAACAAGUUGAGGCCUUGUUUGGCAAAAAGGUCAGAGAAAGCAGGACACGUACAGAAAGAUUCAAAGCCUGCCGACGGCAAUAAAGAUUUCGUACGGAUCUGUGCCCUCUUUGUGACUGAUUCCUCGAUUGAUAAUUUUGCCACGAGAUAUAAUUCGACUCAUCGGUUUCUCGAUAUCUCCUUCAACUGUUUGACGAUCUUUAUGGUCCAUCGUAUCUGGUUUCGUUUUUAUCGCUUCCUGGAAUCUGGCCAGCCUUCACUUUCCACUAUCAACGAUCAUCCUUUUUUUCCUAGUUCAGAGGCAGAUUCUGCGUCGCCAGCGUCUCUUCACUUGCCUUUCUCACCAAAAGACGACUCUAUCAGUUCGCCAGUACAUGCUUCAGAUUUCAUUCGAGGUUACCAGUCUAGAUAUAAUUCCAUGAGCAUGCGUAUCCGGCCUAUCUUAGGAUCUAAAUUCUCCCACAGAAACGGUAAUCAGCGAUUUCGGGCAGAAGCAAAGGAAUUACCUGUCAGGGUCAAGACGUCAGAUUCAGGAAUCACUCUUUUGCAGGAAAGCGUUUCUUACAAUGCCACCAGGCCUCCCCGCCUAUCAAAAUCGCAUUUAUGUCGGACAGUUAUCACUGCGUCUGUGAACACAUUUCGUCUAGAUCUGGCUCGAUCGCCUCCAGCUUCUUUGCUAUAUACUUUGCUUCAUGAGUCGCCCAAGACUUCGCUUACGACGCCUUCUUCCAUGGAUCCCAAAGACAAUUUUGAGGACCCGUUUGUCCAAUUCACAGCUCGUGAUCUUUAUCUUCGUCUUGUCAGAUAUCAUCAGUCGACGGCUACUACCAGUGGUAAUUGCGAAUCGGAUAAUUGUUCGCUUGACCCAUUUGGACUCCAGCUCAAGACUCCAGAUGAAGAUGUGGGUUCUUCGCCACUUCCCUCUUCGGCUUAUUGUCUUCCCAUGCUGCAUCAACUGGAAGGCCAUCUUGGUGGAAUUAGUGUAUGA